AUGAACAGCUUGAUGGCCGCCUUGGAUGGGUCAGAGGAAAACGAGCCCAAACUAAAGAUUGUGAAAGCGCACGACACUGUUAAAUCACCGCUUGGGGUGCAACAUAGAUUUGCAGAGGCAAUGCGCUCAUACUCCGCUGGCGUCCUCAGGCAUGUUUUAGACGCGUCUUCUAACCAUGUACCAACCCUGGAAGAAAUAAUUCUGGUCCGACGAGAAUCGGCCGGUGUAUCACCGUUGUAUCAUCUGGUUGAAUAUGCGCACGACCUCAAUGUCCCCGAUGAGGUGUUCAAUGAUCCAGACAUUCGGGAACUCGAGGCUCUCGGGUCGGACAUGGUAUCUAUUACCAACGAUAUGCUGUCUUAUCGUAAGGAAGAAAAUGAGGGAGUACCUCACAACAUGGUGGCAUUAUGUCGUAUGAAUGGCAUGCCGGCCCAAGAGGCUUUUGACAUGGUAGGCGAGCUUCUUCAAGAACGUUACCGAAGAUGGGACGUUAUAGAGGGUCAUGUCCGCAGCUGGGGCGAGGAGGUCGAUGGACAGGUCCAAAGAUACAUCGAGGCCAUCAAAUGCGUGGUCAAAGCAAACUUAUACUGGAGCUUCGAGUCCGAGCGAUACCUAGGGCGUAGUUCAGUUGACGUUCGACGGACUAGGACAAUUCGUGUUCUUGCGAAUCCUGCAUUUCUGUCCAAGACCAAGAGUUGA